UUUUAUCCGAACAAAACGCAUGAAUGUGUGUCAUCAUCCUCUUCAUAUGCUUCUUCCAUCCCCUAAACUUCUGAUUUUAAUCAUUAACCACACAAAACUACUAGUUAAUUUCACUUGUGCCCAAUUAAGAUAGACAAUCGUGAGCCGACAGCAUAUCCACCCCGCAGUUGCAAACAAAGAUUGCGAGGGUCAAAGGAUGCAGAAACUGGGUGAUUUCAAGCUUCCUCAGUUCUUCAAUUAUCCUCCAUAUUUCACUUUGCAGCCUGUGAGGGACACUCGUGAGAAGCAAAUACAGCUCUGGAAAGAGCUUAUCUUGGACUUCUGCAAAUCCCAAAAGGUCUUCCUGAUCGGCGUUGAAGAAGACUUCCCUCUCUUCUCCAACUCUGCUAUUGAUCGAACUUUAAGCCAUGAAGCAAGGGAAACUUUCCUCUCAGCCAUUGUUGGAGAAGGGCGUGCGGAGUGGUUAGAUAAAGGGCAUAGGAAAUGUUUGAUUCUCUGGCACCGGAUUCAAGAUUGGGCAGACAUUAUUCUUAAGUUUGUGAGAGAGAAUGGUUUAGAGGACAGUGUUAUGACUGUUGAAGAAAUACGUUCAGGGACUGAAUCACUUGGCACAGAACUUGAAGGGAUUGAUAGGACGAUUCUAAUGAGGGCGUUGAAGCUGCUAGAGAACAAGGGCAAGCUUGCAUUGUUCAAAGGAACUUCAGCUGAUGAUGAAGGCGUCAAGUUCUCUGUCUGAUGUUUUUUUUUAUUUUUGUCAACAAGGGGGAGAAGGAAAAAAAUGGAUAAACAUUUUGAUAACAAACUUUCAUUCUGUAAUCACAACUUUUUGAGUUCUGUAAAAUUAAUCGCAUUUUAUAACAUAAAAACAGUAGACAAACAAACCA